AAGCAGUUUUCUGUCAGCUGAUAGAAUUUUGUUUUGGUCCCCCUCCCUCCAGCUAAGGUCCUGCUCAGUGCUCUUCAUCUAUUUGUGUUUCUGCGAUCAGGUUGUUCUGUGACAGCUAACGGAAAUGAAGAAGUUUUUAGAUGGCUUUAAGAAAGACAUUAAGUUUAAAACUGCGGGACCUGGGAAGAAACUAACAGAAGAUACCAGUAGCAAGCCCGAGGUAGUGCAGAGCAGCUCCAGUAGCAAGAAUAAUCGCCAUGCUCCCAGUGAAGGAUCCCAGAUGGCUGGAGCCGCAGCCCUGGCCAGGAUAGAACAGCAUCAGCGGCCGAAGGUCUACACCUCUCAGGACGUCAUCAGGAACCAGGUUAAAAGAGAACUGGAGGCGGCUGCACUGGCUGAGAAAGAAAAGGCAGAUACAGCAGAGGGAGCCAAAGUGCCAGUGAAAGAUCCCGCCUGUCUCUCAGUGUCAGGUGUGUAUUUCACAUGUCCGCUAACUGGAGCAACUCUAACUAAGAGUGAGAGAGAAGUACACAUUAAAGAGGCCAUUUUGAUGCGGUUUGAGGAGGAUAGAGUUGAGGCCUCUGUUAUGAUGAUCCACACAUUUAACAAAGACCGAGAGAAAGUGAAGGCUGCCGUGGACAUCAUAAGCAAGUAUAUUGAGAACAUAUGUAAGAAUCCCACAGAGGAGAAAUACAGGAAGAUUAAACUCAGCAACAAGGUGUACCAGGAGAAAGUUCGUUGUGUGGAGGGCAGCAGAGAGUUCCUGGAGGCCCUGGGCUUCACAAGCAUUAUGCUUCCUGUAGAUGGUCAAGAGGAGGAAGAGGAGUUCCUGGUGUUACUAGAGCAUAGCCCCGAUGCCCUGGAGUUGAUGAAGGAGAGGAGGGAUCGUCUCCAGAGAGGAGAGCCGGUCAGGGCUCAGCUGGACCGACAGCCUCAAGCAUUCAGAUCCUCUCCCAACGCCCAACGCUUCGAGCUGCCGCCAGAAUUCUACAACCUGACAGCGGAAGAGCUCAAGAGGGAGCAACAGCAGAGGAGUGAGUUGGUGGAGAAGAACGCCAUGCUGCGCACUAAAGCCAUGAGGGAGAAAGAGGAGCAGAGGGAGAGAAGGAAAUACAACUACACCCUGCUCAGGAUCAGACUGCCUGAUGGAAGCCUUCUACAAGGGACCUUCUAUGCGUGGGACCGGCUGCCUGUGCUGUUUGCGUUCGUACGGGAGUCCUUGGUGGACGGCUGGCAGCCCUUUGAGCUCAUCGCUCCUGGAGGUCAGAAACUACAAGAGGCUGAAGAAGUCGCUCUCGCAGAGUGUAAUUUGGUCCCUGCAGCUCUGCUCACCUUCGCCUGGGAUGCAGCUGUGCAGGCGGAUAUCGCAGCCGCAGGCAGAAAGAGCCCCGCCCUCCUCAAACCAGAGCUGUUGGAAACCAUUCGGACCCUGAGCUGAGCAGACCCUCUGUACCCUGAACGCUCCCUGCUACCUCCCCCCUCUGGCACUACUUACUGGGGUGGAUAUGCCCCUUACAAAUGACUAGUGAUGAGUUUAUUUUUUACAAAUGCUAACUUAAGUCAGUAGCAACGAUAGACUAGGGGCAACUUCACCCUAAUGCGCUUGUUUUGCGGAGCAUCCCCUUCUCUCUCUGCGUGGGGAUAAUGUCUCAGCAGCACAUUGUACUGAAGGAAGCUCUACUAACAGAUGUAAGGAGAAAGCAAGGGACUGUGUGAAGUGCUUUUUGUUGCAUCCUGAAUGUACAUGCUGUGUAGACAACAGACUAACCAACAAUCUACCAGUCAGGUAUACUUCAUGUGGCACGUUGAGAGACCUUGUUUUAACUGUGUCGACACUUCCUCCCCUUGUUUAAAGUAAACAGUCCACGUUGCUUCCACAACAGUUGGAUUAACAGUGUGGCUGUACAGUCGUGUAGAGAAAAAAUCUAAGUAAUUAAGCCAAGUAAAUUUGGUCAGAUACUGUUGUGGACAUGUAUUUGGUGUCUCAGCACCUAGAUUCUUUCAUUUUAAAAGCUGCUGGGUGUCUGUGCACUGGCUUGGACUUGAAAUGCUAUUUUGUUUUGUUCGGCGGUGUUGAAGUUUAAGCAGUGUUUUUUUUUUUUUGUCUGUCAACUGAUGUAUUUGAUGUGAUAUUAGUCUGGUUGGUCCUCUGCUCUGCAGUGGCCUUGCACUCCCUGUUGUACAACAGACUUCUCUGUGAUUUAUUCAUAUAUGUAUGAGCACAAACCAGAAUCAUAACUCAUGACUUAAAAUUGAGGUUCAAAACAUUGAUGAUUUACAAGUGAUAGCCAUGUGCUGACAAUGUGAUGGUGGAUUCUAUACAGAAAUAUUUUCUUGUAUGUUACCAGCUUUUUGGGAUUAUUUAAAAUGUUUUAAAACACUAAAGAUGCCCUAAAUGUAAAAUGACCAAAAAAAAAAAAAACUCAUAUUACUUUAUCCACACUACUAAUUGCAAUGUAACCAACCAGCAGCAUGGACUGUUUUGAUAAUAGUAGUUUUAAUUAAUCUUGAGUCUUGUAUUUUGUUUGUAUCAAACACAUUUCCUUGAGAUAAAAAGGGUCUAUAUUUCAAACAUGGUGGGAGUACAUGAAAAUUCAGUUCAUGGCACAUGAACCAGUCCAUUGAAUGCAAUGAGAAAUCAAAGUUGUGAGUUUUAAUUUAUCCCAUAACUGUGUUAAUGUUUUAAAUCAACCCUUUCCCUUGAAACACCCCAUUGAAGGUUAAUACAUUUAUUUUGGUAGUGGUUUUGCUGUACAUUAAUCUAUACCAGGUAAAUCUGUAAAAGCUAAUUAUAGUUGCUUGUGGUUGGUUAGGAUGACAACGACCUACCUCUCAUUGCUUAUGUUUAAUACAUCCCAAGUGAGUUGUACACAAACGUGACAAAUAUAUCUCAAGUGUUUGUAACGGUAGGAAAUAUUGUCGCCACUUUAAACCUGUACUAUUAGUGGCACACCAAAAAAGGCAACACAUAACUGCUGGGUCAUAAUUUAAUGUGCGUUUUGUGAGGCCAAGGUGGCCAUAAGCAACAUUUCUGCUCUUCUCUGCGGUCUCAUUCAGCCUGUCCACCAGUUGCCCACAGGUAUUCAACGGAAGGGCUUAAAUGGUUUAUCAGCAUUGUAACCUUAUUAAAAAUAGUUAGCAGUUGUAAUCUGU